UGGGGUGGAAUUUCGUCCAGAAAUCAGCAUCGGUACGGGGAGGUGGGGGCGGUGAUACCGUAAUGUCCGGCCAUCAGUACGUACCGAACCCAGCGAACCUGUUUACGGACGAGGACGAAAUCGACGAUGAGCUCUUCCUGAGGAACGCCCGUCGGACGGACGGUUAUCUGCCCGCCGAUGAUAAGUAUGGCAUGUCGAAGGUAACGGGACCGGGCUAUACGCGCCCGGAUGUGCUUGGGCCCGCAGCCGGAUUUGAUGCGAGCGGGCUAGUGUAUGCGGGGAGUAGCGGUAGUGCGGGCGGUAGUGUGGUAAGUGUUGGUCCCGGUGGAUACGUGAUGGAUAUGCCGGCGGCCGCGUACGGUGGUUACGGGGCGAGUGUUGUUCCUACCAAGCCGCUCGUGUACGGCAGUGCGGCCAACAUGUACUCGAGCCUCGGGCCAGACGCGGCCGAUGUGUCGGUGGACGACGAAAUAGCGCGACAGCGACAAACGUUCGAGCAGCGGCGCCGCGAGCUAGAGGAAAGUACGCUGCUCACGUCGCAACGGUGCCUUGGGGUGUUACGCGAAACGGAGCAGGUCGGUAUAGCGACGGCCGAGGAGUUGCAUCGCCAGCGGGAACAGCUGGAAAAGACCAAGAAGCAGCUGGACGAGAUCAACAACUCGUUGCGAUUUAGCCAGAAGCAUCUCAACAGUCUGAAGAGUGUGUUCGGUGGGUUGAAGAACUAUCUUUCCGGGAGGAUGGUAGCGGGGGGCGGUGGUGGUAGUGGUGGUCCGGGAAGCGUACACGGGGAGCACGGUGUGACGACGGCCGGUGGCAUACCGCGACAGAACAUAUCAUCCCCAACACCAACGGAAGAGGACGAUCUUUACCCGAACCCGCAAGAUUUCCGUAUUGCGGACCCGUACUGGACAGCGGACCAAUCACCGGUACCACCGAGCCAGGUAGCCGGCGACUAUCAUCAUCAUCAUCAUCCUCAUCAUCCGCAUCAUCCGCAUCAUCCACAGCAGCAGCAGCAGCAGCAACACCUCCAACAACAGAAGCAACAGCAGCAGAUGGCCAACGGUGGCGGUGGUGCCGGUGGUGGCUUUAGCCACCAGCUCGACCAAAACCUGGACGAAAUGCGGGGCAAUCUGUCACGGUUGAAGAACUUGGCCUUGGACUUGAAUCAGGAAAUCGACAGCCAGAACGAUCUGAUCGACGACAUCUCGGACCGGGUCGAGGAUGUGGACGUGAAGAUCGGCAAGCAGAACAAAGACAUGAACCGACUGUUGCGGAAGUAA